AAUACACAAAAUGAAAUGACGUUCAAAACAACGACUUUCUACUUCCUGCUUUUUUGGUUAAGUGCUUCGAAAUCCUCCCCCAUCACAAAACCAUGGCCAUAGAUUUACAAAAAAAUAAACAGUCGCUGGUAAUUGCUUACGAAAAAGUUGUUAAUGAUAAAGAUGAUACUGACUGGUAAGAUAUUAUGCCAAAAGUUAUCACAAUUACAAGUGAUUUAAAUUUCCUGGACUAUCGGUAUCGAAAUUUAUUUCACUGAUAAUUCACUGAUGGUGGUCUUCAUGUACAUAGGGCUGGCCUAAUAAUAUUUAAUAAUAAUAGUUAACUAAUUAAUACUACAAAUAGUAUAUAGUAAUGAUGACUAAAUGAAACUUCGAAGUGAAAUUUAAUUAUCUGUUACACUGGUUUCACCUAUAACAUUUUACAUUGUCAUUUUUUUUUUUUUACAUAUUAUUGUCAUUGAAAUUAAUUAAAUAGGUCUACAUCUUCUUGGCCUACUUAUUAAUUAAUAUUAUUAAAAACAAUUGUAUAGUUUGUAGCCUACUCAAAGUACUCAAACUGAUAAUCAUAAUACUUAAGUAUAGUGGUAGCCAAAAAAAAAAAUGUAAACUUAUGAAAUUAUACUUCUACAGUCUACAGUAUGAGUAUUAUACUAAAUUAUGGAGCAAAAAUGAAACUAAAAUCACUUUCUAUCUUUUGUAAUUUUUGAGCUAUGACAUUGUCUGAGACAUUGUUGAUAACUUUCCUGACAUAGUGGACUUAGUAUUAAUUAGUGUAAUGAAUCAAUGAGAUUUUGCAAAUAAAAUACAUCAAUAUAUAAUAUAUGUUUCUUUCACUGAUGCUAUAAGAAAGACAUAGACAUAGAUUUCAUAGAUUUAAUAUUUCAUCAAAUCUUUAUAUUGACUAAUGCCCCAACCUAUCAUUGAUUAGGAUUUCCAAAAUUAAAGUUGAUCGAAAGAACACAACUCAUUGGAGUGUAUGUGUCUUCCAUUGUGAAAGAACAGAGUCAGAACUUAAUUAUUGGUCAAAAGGACUCCUUUAUUGAUUAUUGAUGGAAUUACACUAACUUGAAAUAAUUUAAAACUCAGAUUCUAACUUAGCAGACGCCCAUACAAACUUUAAAGUAGUCUGCCUUGCUUUACCAAAGUGCCUACCGUGGGCCUAUGCCAUAGCUACAGCAAAAUUUCAAACAAUUAUUCUCAGACAUUGUCUAUAGUAUGGUGCAACUUUAUUCCCUUUUUUUAAUUAAUUAUUGUUCAGGGCUCUAUUUGGUUAUGAAGGUCAGACUCCAAUUUUGAAAGUGAUCGAAACAGGAAGUAAGUGUUAAUUAUUUUAUUUCAGUUAUUUGUUAAUAACUUAAACAAAUAAUUUCUAUAACUGCCAAAAUUUUUAUUUAUGACAACUUUUAAGGCCUUAAAAGGAAUGUAAGAAGAUACCAGUGUUGAUUAGGGCCCACAACUAAAAAGGAGCUUCAUACACUAUAUACAUGAUUAGUCAGUCAUCAUUAUAUGAAAUGUUUAUUUAUUGGAUGAUUUGAGUGAACUACAUGAACAAAUUAUAUUUUCUUCUUAAGGUGCAGAUUUUAUUGGUUUCUGAUAUAUUAUGUCAUCUUAACUCUAAGCAUGUGUUGUUGUUAUUUUAAGAUGGAGGUAUUGAUGAGAUGGCAGAAGAACUCAGCAGUGGUAAAAUGCUCUAUGCAUACUGUAGAGUGCAAGAUCCAAAUACGGGAUUAUUUAAAUAUGUUCUCAUUCACUGGGUAAGUACUGCCUCCUUCAUUCCUGUUAUAAUAUUAGUUGUGACCACAAUCAAAAUGAUAAUAAAAGAUAUGAGAUAUAUCUAAAGAUAAUAUUACAGUGGUACCUCGACAUACGAGUGCCCUAAAAUACAAGAUUUUUGAGAUACGAGCAGGCGAGCGAGUGAUGUUUUGCUUUAAGAUACGAGGAACUGGGUCAGUGGGUCGGCCAGCUGCACACAAACAUACCAGUCUUGCCUCGUGCAUCUCACAUUGUCAGUGUGCUUGUUUGCCUCGCUGUCUAAGCAUCUUUGAUAAGUUGUGCUGGCGAAUUGUGCUUUUUGUGCAUUUACAGUACUUUAUCACAUUUCUUUUUAUAACCAUUGGGUCUGAAGAAAGUGAGUGGAAAGGUCAGUGCUAAGAAGAAGAAGAUGUCUUUUGAAUUUAAGCGUGAAAUCAUAGAAAAACGUGAGCAAGGUGUGCGAGUGACUGACUUGGCGAGGCAGUACAGGCAUAGUGCUUGAACGAUAUGUACUGUGCCUAAACUGAAGGAGUUGAUAAAGGGUAUAAUGCCAGCUAAGGGCAUUACAAUAAUUUCUAACCUCUGGACCUCUCUCAAUGAAAAGAUGGAGAAACUGCUGAUGGUGUGGGUGAUGGAGAAGCAGCUUAAAGGAGAUACCUUAACGCAGGGCACUUUGUAAAACCAGUUUAUUUCUUUACAUUCUCUUUUAUUAUGUUUUUAUUAGGGGUGUGCCGGAUCCGUUUUUUCCAACCGGAUCCGGAUCCGGAUUUUCUUAUGCGAAAUCCGCCGGAUCCGGAUUCCGGUUUCUCCCGGAUUCCGGAUUUUGGUACUAUUGGUAGAUACUUCGGUAAGUCAAGGUGGACUACUACUUUUUGUGUAUGGGAAUUCGCAAUCGGCGCCAAAAAAUCCGAGUUUUUAAUUUUCCGAUGUGUGUGUCUAUUUAUUAUUAAAUUAGUACUUUCGAUAUAUAUUUGAGUUCCGUUCCAUUUGGAUAAGUGUCUUACGAGAGACGCCAUGUUUCUACGCGUUCGCAGCAGGUUAUGCAGCUCGCUCAACCUAAUUUCGCCAUGGGGUUGGCCACGCCCCCCUUUUUAAUGGCGGAAGUUGACGAUACUUAGGAAAUAUUAAUUUAUUAUCACUAUUUACAUCAAAAUAAUUGAUAACUUGUGUUUCAGAAUGCAUUUAAAGACAUUUAAACUGGAAUGUUUUAAUUUGAGCUUUAACAACCCGGUAGAAUCCAUAUUAUAAAUGAUCAGAAUUUACCGUGUGCAACACGUUGUCAUUGGCAACCAUUCACAGCCACUUGCAUAACUGUAUCGUAGUACUACCUCAGAGUUUCAUUCAUAAGAGUUUGCCGUGUGCAAAAACUAUUAAACCAUUGGUCAGGGAAAGCUUUAAUUAAUUAUUCAUGUGCCAAAGUUGAAAGUUUAAACUAAGUCUAAACAGUAUUUUAGUGAUAAGGCAGGGAAUGCGUUGCCUUAUAUAAACUAUAUAGUCAUUGCGCAUGACGGGAUUGGUGGAAUGAGAUCACAGAAUGUGGAGAUGCAGUCCAUGUUAAAAAAUGACAAACCAAGUCGUACUUUAAAAAUUCAUAACUUUAAAACUACAACAGCUAAAAAUAUGAUUUUGGUGUUAUAAUUCUUUAAAAAAUUACAUCUUUUCAACUAUGCCAUUGGUUUAUUUUUACAAAAAGUUUAAAUUUUCUUAUCAAAGUCCCUACACUAUUGGCCACUAUUAGCGGUGCUGACUCUAGCCUCUGGUAUGUACGGAAUAUUAAACAUUAAACAAGCUCAACGCUCGAAACAAUCGAUUAAUGUAUCGUGAUCGUGUGGAAUUCGGGAAAGAGAAUUACUUUUAUUUCAGAUUAUGAUCCGGUGAGUCACAAAAUCUGGCAAAUUCCGAAAUCCGGUAUAUUCCGGAUUCCGGAAUCCGGUUGUUCCGGAUACAUGUAAAUCCGGCGGAACCGGAUUUCACCGGAUAGUGCAAAAUCCGGCGGAACAGGAUUCCGGACCGGGGUCCGGCACACCCCUAGUUUUUAUAUAUUUGUCAUUUAUAAAUAAAUUUUUCUUAUUCAAAAACAUGUAACAAAAAAAACUGGGGUGACAUUUUGGGGACUGGAACUGAUUAAGGGCAUUUCAAUUAAUUGGAAUGGGGAAAAUUGCUUGAGUUACAAGAAAAUUGACUUACGGAACGAAUUAAAUUCUUAUCUUGAGGUACUACUGUAUAUUCAAAAUAUUAUAAUUAUAGGAAAGAAAUGAGGUUUCAGUUAUUUUUUUGUUAUUAUUUUGUCUUAUUUAACUACAUAUUUCAUUGAUUCCUUCUUUCUGAAUGGGAAAAAAAAAUUGAAAUGCUGCCUAAACCAAGUUUCUGAUUCAAUUUCAAAAUGAAAACAUAUUUUUUGGAAAUAAUAAUUUGACUGAUAAGAUUAUAUUUUUGUAUAGACUGGUGAAGGGGUUCCAGAAAAUCUUAAACUCAAGUACACAUCUCAUCUGAAAGAUGUACAAAGCUUUUUGAGGGUGAGUUCUUGGAUUUAUAUCCAUUUAUAAAAUAAUUAGAUUAGUCAUAAUGUUAUGUUUACUGGAGCAUCUAAAAAAAAUAAUUCCAUUGUGGCUAAAAAAAAAAUCAAAAGUGGAUUUUGUCCACCUCGCUCUCAUUGCAUACUGUGAUGUGCUCUCAUUGACGCUCCCCCCGUCAUAUGCCCCUAAUGCAUACAAAAGAACACAUUCCUUACCCACCGCUUAUGUACAGCUUACAAGACAUGCUUAAAACAAAGGAAAAUGAAGGUACUGAGGAAAGAGAUAGAAGGGUUUUGAACAAUCACAGGGUAUGCAUGGGUAUGAUGGUAAUUGAUUUCUUAUGCUUAAUAAUUUUUUAUGCUCAUUAUUUUACACGCGCAACGUUGUUGCGUUGUCACAGUUAGUAUUAUAUAUUUUUGAGAAUGGCUUCCAACACUAGAAUUAGCCUUUAAAAUUUAGCAAAAUAUGGUAAUUUUUACCGGUACUUGAUUAGAUUACCUAAGUUUGUAAGGGUGCAUUUGUAAACAAGAUGGACUUUUUAAGAAAAUGCAUUGUUUUUUCCUCAUUUCUUGGAUUUUCCUCUGACAGUGUCAUUCAACUUAAUAUUAUUGUAACCAUUUCAUUCCAGACAUAAUUUAAAAAGUACUGAUAUAAUUUCCAUUAUUUUAGACUGAUAUGUAUAUUUUUUAAUUGAAAGAUAAAAGUAAACCUAAUUAAACGUGGGUUAAGGAAAUUAAUUAGCUCUAGCUUGGAUAACCUCCCUUUUUAAAAAGAAAUGCUGCUUUACUUUUAUCAUUCAUCCAGCCAUUUUAUUUACUUCCAAAUCUAGAGUAUUCAUAUUACAGUUCCUGCUCGCUGUGAGCAAGAUAUUGAUGCCAAAGACAUCUUGCAAAAGGUUGCCAAAUCUUCUGGUGCUAAUUAUAGUUUUCACAAAGAAAAGGCGAAACCUGUAGAACCCUCAGGACCAGUGGUAAGUUGACUUUUUUCAAUAGAUGUUAACUUAGGCACCUGGGUUGAAUUCAAAAAAAUAUUACAAGUUAUAAGUAACUUCUAUUUUUAUCAUUUGCUUUCUUUAGGGAACUGAUUAUCAAAGAGUCAUUCCAACAAAAGAAAUAAACAUUAGUACAAGAGAUAAAUUUUGGGCCAAAACAGAGGUGAGCAAAUAUGUUUGUUCUUAAUGUAUUCUUUUAUUAUGUUGUGUGUGACAAACUGAGGUAGAAGACUACAUUACUACACCAUCUUCUUCUCCUUCGGCAAAAGACUUUAUAAUGACAGAUUGUGAGUGCUCGUCCCUUAUUUAGCCUCCAACUCAAAGUUCAGCAAUCGCUUCCUUGGCCUGAAUAUAGAUUUUCUCAACAAAAAACAUGCUCACCCUUUUUAGCUUAACUUAUUCCUUACACCUAUUUAAAAAUCAAAUGAAUGUUUUUCUUAAUUUUAAAACUUAUUAACUUUUUUGUUCAGAUUCAUUCAUAUUUUAUUAGUUAUCAUCUUAACAUUUUUUUAAUGACUACAAUAACAAAUUCAGUUAACUUUACUGAUGGUGACUAUUUGAUUUAGUUCUGGAUAGCAACGAGAUGGCUGAAAUCUAAAAAUUGAAUAAGUCCCCAAACGAAAAUUCAAGCUGUGACAGGCCUAGCACACUUCUCCAAAAAAAGGAGAAGAAAUGGCAGCAGAUCAGCUACUGUAACUCCCCACGACAGCCCAUAAAAAAAAAAGCGAACAGAAGAAGCAGAAGUUAUCUUUAAGUUAAGCACUAUUGAAUAUAUUUUAAAUUUUUAUCUUCCUUAGCAAGAGGAAAUUGAGAGACAGAAAGCAGAGAAACAACAACUAGAAAAAGAGAGAAAAAAUGCUGAGGCAGAAAGAAAAGAGCGAGAGGUAUUAUUUUUGUUUUUAACACUUUCCAUCUCUCUCAAAAUAUUCCUAAUUUUCCAACUUUAACCCACCUUUUUUGAUUUUUUUUAACAUUUACCUUUUAUCAAGUCUAAGAAAUUGAAGUUUCCUCGAUUUUUUUCAAAGGAUAUUUAGCAUAUUAAAAUGUAAAUUAUUUAACCUUUAAAUAAAUAUUUUAAAUAAUGAACUAAUAAUGUUGAAUCAAUAAGGUUUUACAAAAAAAAAUGUGGCAGUUAAUAUUUUGGGGUUUUAAUUCCAUUCAUAGCAGUUAUUAUUAAGUACUUAUUAUUGAUUUCUAAACUGUCAAACACCUCUAAAUUGAUUUAAAAAAAAGAAAAAAAACAUAAAUCCUUAAUAUUCACUAUUCUUUUAUUUUUCUGAUAAUUUUUUGUGUGUUAAGACCAUACCUUCUAGGUCUAUACAAGCUGAUUCUGAUGCCCCUUUUUACCACCUCAUUAAUUUUUUUCCUGUGCCGAAAUUGCACCUGUAUAUCUGCUUAGGUUUUAACCAAUCUUAAAAAUGACUGAGUAAUUCAUAGACUGUUUUGUUCCCACACUGGAAAAAAGCUCAUGACAUACUCCAUUAAAAAAUAUAGAUACAUGAAACUAGAGAGCGAGAAAAAAGGAUUUCAGCACAUAUGCAAGAUGUUUCUAGACAGCGGCAAGCUGAAAAGAAAUCGGAAGAAGAGAACAAGGAAUUAGAAAAGAAACGAUGGGUAAGAAAUUUGUCUUUUUUCAAAUAGUAAAAAUAGCAUUGGAUUACGAAUGUAUCAAAAGAAAUUGUUUAGCAUGAAAAGUUAAUAACAGGGACGUAUAUAACUAGUGGUCAUAAAAGAUUGUUUUCAUUAGAGUAAAUUUAAUAACUUUUAAAAAUUGAAAACAGUUUAGUUAAAUUCCUUUUUUAAUAGAUUUAAAAAAAUAAUCUACAUAAAUGCUAGCACUGUUAUAAACCUGUUAAAACCUUGUUUAUAUUAAUCUCAUUCAUUCUUCAGGUGUUGUCUUUGUUAAGGUAUAACAUUUGCUGUUUUUUUCCCCUUACCAAAAUACAGCUUAUACGUUUAAAUUAUUUCCUCCUCAUUUCCAUAAUGUCUGAAAUUUUUCCUGCCUUGGCCAUUACCUCUCCAUUAUUGUUUUAUCCCUGUUUUACAGCAUGUAUUUAAUAAAUGAAUACAAUAUUUGUGGUUGUAAUUUAUCUGAAAUUAAAUCAAAUGCUUUCUCAAGCAUCUAGUUUGCCAACAAUUUCAUAAAUAUCCUUUAAGCUAAAGCAUCUGAAUUUUUCACAUAGAGGUUGUUAAAAAAUAAGAUUACGUUUAGAUGUCAAUUUUCUAUUACAUGCUGUUACUUUACUUAAAAGUUAAAAAUCAUACUGGCAAUUUCAUUUUUUUAAAAACUAAAAUGUUAAUGUUUCAAGUGUUUUAAUUUUAAAAAAUUCUUGGUCUUUCAGGAACAAAUGCAGAAAGAAUCUAGUAUUGAUGAAAAUGAACGUGGUCAUCGUAGUGAUCAAUUGAGGAAAGAACGCACUGCUGUAAGUAGAGUUUAAAAUUAUUUUUAUGAAAUUGAAAGGCAUGAAAAUAAUUUAUCAGCAAUAGAUUUAAUUUUUUUUAUAUAAGCAGCUGUGUUAAUUUUAAAAAAUUAUUUCUUUUUAAACAGGAGGCAGCUCAACUUGUUUCUUCUACAACUUCAAGUGCGAGAGACUUCUUCAAGCAAAAAUCAGUGGAAAGACCCUCAGUGGCUCAGAAAGCGCCACCACCUCCUAGGUAAAAAAAAAAUUGGAAUAAACAUUUCUCUUACUCAAAUCAACUGCAUAUCUUCACUAAUUGAUUAAAGAUUUAUUAGUGUUUUAAAAAAUGUUGUACCUUGUUAGAAAUAAUUUAAAAAAUUUUAUUUAUUUUUAUCUGACUCAUUAUUUUACAUAUGUAGAAAAAUCCGUGCUGAAUUUGGAGAAAAAGAACAAGUCAAAGAGACAGCUCCACCAGUUCGAAAAGAAACUGUUAAACCACAUGUGGAACCAGUUCACCAGCCCGAACCAGUAAGUGGGAUACAAAUAUAUCAAUUAGGAAUCCAUUUUUCAAAGAAAUCACUUUUUUUCAAUGGGAAAGACAUCCUUAUCAGCAUAAGAAUCCCUUUAAAAAAUAAAAAAGCCACAUAUUGUUUUCCUAUUUUUUUUAGGAGUAUAUUCAUAAACCAACCUAUGAACAAGAACCUGAACCAGCCUAUGAACCAGAACCUGCCUAUGAACAAGAACCUGAACCAGCCUAUGAUCAAGAACCUGAACCAAUUUCUUCCCCAACUGUGUUGCAAACACCAGAUUUGCUCAAAAGUAAUUUACCUCAUCGACAGGAUUCAGAUGCAGAGGAGGAUAAUGAACAAGAGUGGGAAGGUAGCAUGAUAUGUCACUGAGCCUUAAUUCUUUUGUUUGGUUAAAUUGCUAUAUUUAUCUUUAAAAUUGUAUUGCUCAAUCAACUCCAAUCCAAAAAAUAAAAAAGCUGUUUUUUUCAUUUAAACAUUAGAACCCCCAGCUGAAGAUUUUGAAUUUAAAGAAAAGAGAGUUCCAUCAUAUCAUGAGGAUUACUCUUCAGAAGUUCAGCAUGCAGAGACCCAAUCUAAUCGUAUCAGUGGUGUGCAGCAUUUUGAGGAGCCAGAAGAUGAACAGCAACAAGCCCCUGCUGUUGACAUCACACCUGAAAUGGGAAAAUGUGCUAUUGCCUUAUAUGAUUAUCAAGCAUGUAAGUCACUGUAUUAAAUAUAAUAAGGAAUAGGUUAGUGUGAGUGUAGAAAACUGAUGGCUCACAGAAAUUUAAAAAAAAAAGUUAAUUAAUUGUGAAUUAUAUAGUUUUUCAUAAUUCUUCAUCAUCUUUUCACAAAAAUAAAAGUUUUUGCCAAUAAAUUUUAUUUUUCUGCUACAUAUAAAAUAUGGAAUGUUCAUUAGUCUUGUUAAUUCUUUUUUAAAAUCCAGUUUUACAUUAAAUUGUAAGAAUCCUCUCAAACUUACUUGUUCCAGUGGUUAUAUGACAGUUCAUUAUUUAAUUUUGGCUGCAGAAACUUUCCUUUGGUAUUAUAUCACCAUUGGUCUGCAAGGUUCUUAUUGCAUUCAUAAUUUACAUUUUGUUGUUUUAGGUAAGGGUUGUUUCCAUUACUUAUUCUUUUUUUAUUUACUGAAUAAUUUGUCAUUAGUUCACCUCCUAUUUAUUAUUUCAAUUUUGACCUUUUAUUUCUCAAUUUACAGCUGAUGAUACUGAGAUCAGUUUUGACCCAGAUAAUAUUAUCACAAAUAUUGCUGAAAUUGAUGAUGGCUGGUGGCAAGGCUUUGCGCCCAAUGGCUCAUAUGGAAUGUUUCCCUCUAAUUAUGUGAAACUUAUCAAUUAAAUUUAGAUAUGGCUUUCACAUCUGACAUUGUUUAUUUAAGAUAGCCUCUGAAGUGUUAACUCUUGGUAAGCUUAUUUUUGGCAUCAGAAAAUUAAAGUUUAAAAAAAAAAAAAAAGAAUUUUUUUAAAACAUAAGUAUGAACAUGCAAAAAAUGCUGAUUUCAAUUUGAAAAUUAACUGCCCUUUAAAAAUAAAUUUAUUCAUUAAAUUUAUAUAUGGCUUUUAAAUCUGACAUUGUUUAUUUAAGAUAGCCUCUGAAGUUUUAACUCUUAGUAAGCUUAUUUUUGGAAUCAGAAAAAUAAAGUUUAAAAAAAAAAAAAAAGAAUUUUUUUAAAACAUAAGUAUGAACAUGCAAAAAAUGCUGAUUUCAAUUUGAAAAUUAACUGCCCUUUAAAAAUACAGAUCAUUUAUUUUAUGUUAUCACUUAAUUUAAAUGAUAAUGAGAUUCUUUAGAAAUAAUAUUGUGUAUAUUUAUGGUGCAAUUAAAGCAACACAAUUAAAUUAAAUUUAAAAAAUAAUAUUAAUGCAUAGUUUUCUUCUUUCUUUUAUUUUCUCCUAAUUCUGAAUGUAACUAAUAAUUUCAUUUAUUUACUAUAUUCUUAUCAGUUUAUCAUUUUAAAGUUGUGCUUCCACAAAUUAAAAAUACAAAUAUGAUAUAUAUAAGUGUUUCUGUAUUCAGUAGAAAAUAUUUAUUUAUGUGAAAUUAGAAUGAGCCAAUUAAUUUUUUUUAAAAUUUAAUAUCAUAUACUUGUAGAUUGCUUAUACUGUGUAGUCUUAUCAGCAUGGUUAACAUUGUUAAUUAAAAUGUUUUAUACCUUGUACUGCUUUGGUAUCCUAUACAGCAAACUUAAAAUUGCAACAACAAAAACAUUUUAUGAAUCCAGUUCAGAUAAAAUGUAGUCUUUUUGUCAAAUUCUGGGUAAUUUUGAGGAUUGCCAAAUGUAAGAUUUGAAAUAAAUGUAACAGCUUUGUUGUUUUCUUUGAAUUUAAACAAAUCUAGGUUUUGGGUUUUGUGCAUCACCAUUCUUUAGAGUAACAUUUAUUUGAGAAUUUUGCAGUUUGUAAGAGUUUUUCAAUAAGGUUUUCAACAUACAGUAAAUCAAAUAGCAAGUAGUUUAACUCAUGUCUCUCAAAGAUGUAAACUACUGAUACAUAAUAAUUUUUUCAAGAAAGGCUGUUACUAGCAUUACAUUCCAUACUAAUAAUGUUAAAUCAUUUGUACUAGUCAAAGUUUUUCUUCACAAUAUUUCUACUUAAUCAGAAUGGAAGUAAGAGCUCCAUUCCCAGAUUUACUUUACAUUUAGUUCUAGUUCUUGGAACCAAAAAUGUGACCAUUGUGUGUACCAACUCCUUUGAUAAGUUUUGUCCAUUGUAAAAAUUUUGCUGUAAUAAAGUUCAUGCAUUUAUUUAAAUUUUGGUUCUCAAUAUUACUUAGCUAAAAAAAAUUUUAAUGCUAUGUUGUAAUGAAGCAUGCAAAUAAAGAAUGGUGAAUCAAUCGACAGAAUAUACUGUUGAAAAAAAGUAUUAUUGUAUAUUUGAUAAUUAAUUAUAGAGCCUAAGUAUUUUUGAAAAAUAUAUAUGGGAAAAUGAUUUUAAAAAAUUAUCUGAUUUAUUAUUAUUUUAAGUGCUUAAAAUUGUUGGAGAAGAAUGACACUUAUAAUACUUAUUUUUUCUUUUUCAAUAUCUCAAAUUCUAAAAACUCUAAAACUUGUUUUCUGAGGCUUUACUUGGAGCAUGUAAAAUAUUAAAUAAACAAAUGCUACUGCAUUUAUUGCUUUCAAUUUACCUUAAGUAUUUAAGUAAUUAAAAUGUUAAUUAUUUUUUAAAGUUAAAAUAAUUACAACAAAAAUAAUCAUUUUGGUAAGUGAUUAUUGCACAAUUGAACUAUUGAAUGCUUUGAAUUUGAAUGUUAAUUAUAAUCUUUAUUUAGGACCAGAUGAUAUUUAUGAUUAAGAUUAUUCAUCAUGUUAAAUUAUAUUAUUUGCUCCAUCAUUUCCACAUUUAGAAACCUGUUGUUUUUAUUAGAU